CACGCAAAAUAUAAAAUGGUAGAUAAGUGGCUACGUAUGAGAGUUGAAGCCGGAGAUGAAAAUAAGAAUAACAUAUUUAGCUUAAUCCGACGCUCCGAUUAUUAAAAAGCGCAUUUACGUCAAGGCAAUGUCAAACACAGUAUCUAUGGAACAGAAAACAUCGUUUCAAUGUCGCAGUCUUAGAAGAUUUUAUUGUAUAAAUAGAAGAAAAUUUUUUUGCUUUGGCUGUCUUGUUCUCAGUACCCUAUUCAUGGUUCUGCCUGGCAUUUUUUACCUGAAAGAAUCUCUAAAAUUUUCAGCGCUGAAAUAUGAUGAUGCUGAUUUCUUAAUACAACUUAACGUCGAAGAUUUACAGGAUAGCGUUGGUAAAAGGGAAAGGAAUUGCUGGAAAAGGUUAAUUCUUAAAAACAAAACGAGCCCUUUAACAGUAGUGUGUGCGUUUCAACCACUAACCAACAAAAUAUUUAAAAGAAAACGAAAAACAGUUGUACUUGGCAUGGGCGUUCAUUUAGGGCACGAUGCUGAUCAAAAGUUUUCGUGCAGGAAAUCUGGAAUAGAGUAUAUUAGUUGGGAAACCAGGAGUAAAGACGCGCCAGCAAUAACCAAAAAGUUCUCAAUUCAUCCAUAUCACCAAACCCAUCUGAUGAAAGCGCAACAAGCAAUCUGGAAGAGUUUACGCAAUCACCCGCAAUUAGUCAAAGCGGACAUCAUAAUAUGCGGUUUUGACGCAUGGCAUUGUCUCAUGUUUGCACCGUUUAAUAAGAAAAUGAUUAUAAAUCCUGGCUAUAGAUUUGAAGGCCACUUACAAACAGAUGGUGAGCAAGCUAAGCACCUGCAAAGUGUUCUUUAUAAUGCAGUUCGUUACAACCCUGAUGUGAUCAUGGCCGGACAUAUUAUUUAUGAUAUAUUGUACGAGCAGCACUUUCUAGGCUCUCACAAAAUCAUUCCACUCCCUGCAACUGGUUACUAUGUGCGCGGACGACUUAAACUAGAAAUUAAUAAAGGAAUAUGCCCAGAUGUACCUUUAAAUAGUAGUGGCUAUCAUCCAAACAAAAUGGAGGUGUUGAUCAUGCCCAAACGAUUGUCUAAAGGGGGACAUAUUGUUGCUGAAGAAAUCAAAAAAUAUUCAGAAAAUGCGAAAGGAAAAUACAAAGUAGAACUUUUUGAGAACGCAAUAAAAGGGCGAUAUCCCUAUUGCCAAAUAGGAAAAUAUCAGGCUGGUAUUGUGCUUGGCUAUUCUGUCAUGUCAUCCUUCACAAGCGAAGUGGCAAGCUUAGGUAUUCCUUUGUUUGUGCCAACGCCUCGUUUGUAUGCCGAAUGGGAGAGGAAACAUCAUUUAAUAGAAGAAAGAAAAAAUAAUUUAGACCAAAUUAUUCUAAAUGAUAUGGAAAAAAAUCCGCGGGCAAUAAAUAUUGGGUAUAACCCGAAUGACGAUUUCGAUGAAAAAGCAAUCUUAGAAUGGGUGAAAUAUUCGGAUUAUUAUUACUACGACGGGGUCCAGCAGUUUGACAGUUAUGAAGAACUGUUCGAAAAAUUGGAGAAUUCCGAUCUUCAAGCGAUGAGUGCUGCAAUGCUCAAAGAUAGAAAACAAAAUCUAGAUAACAACAUAAGGAAUUUAAAUGCUAUAGAAAAGUAUUUCUUCAAUGGAGAACAGGAAACAAAGAGUUAUAUGCCUAAGACAUUCUCGGAGGGAAUGAAACUUUGGCAAGAAAAACUUAAUCCACCUAAAUUUGUUUUCAACCCUACUCGCACCACUGCGAAAAGAGAAAUCGCGAAAAGAGAAAUCGUGAUAAUCAACUACGAAGAAUAUAUUAAAGUUUUUAAAUCGAAUCCACUAUGUUUACACGCUGUGGAACAGAAAGUUAUAUUAUAUGGUGUUUCUCUUGAGGCUUCGUCUACCCAUGCAAAUUGUACUUUUUUGAGACUGCAAGACCUGCAAUUGGAUUCUAUUGUUGCUGGAAUAAUGAAAAGAUUUCCUUUGUGGACGUCUGAUAGACUUGUGCAAGAUUUGAUAAUUCUGAUUCAUACAAUUCAACUUAAAGCAACAUCUGUAACGAAACUAUCUCAUAACAAACUUGAAUCUUGUAAAGUGACGAAGUUUUCACAGUUAUUGCCAUCAAGCAUCGCCGGAUGGAGUGAAUUAACGUUCAAUACUACAAACUUUUGGUACGCUUGGGUACCCUUUACUGAUUUUACAGUGGUCAAAAUGUGGUUCCAACUUGCGUUAAAGUUUUUGAAGUUUAAACCAAGGCACGUUAACUGUUUUCCACUGUUAUCUUCCACAUUUCAUUUCUCCACUGAAGACAUCGAGGCCUUGAAUGAUUACCUUCAGUUUUGGAAAACAGAUGAACAAAACAAUUUUUUAAAUCUUUUGGAUCAGCUAAAUUUUGAGCUGGCUGUUCGCGGAUAUACGACGAAAUACUACGCUGAGUUACAUCGCACGUGGUUGGAAACUAUAUCAGGCUAUAUCAAUACGACGAGUAUGUUGAUGCAGUGAAUGCCGAACUAGAUUGCCUAAAGGAUAAGCUUGUUCGCAAUCACUAAUGUUUUUUCAAGAGAGUGAAUACUUUUUUUGUAAGAAAAGGAUAAACUCGAAAAUUGAAGCAUGUGGUUAAAAACGCUUUAGUAAAUACUAAAUUUCUUGUUAAUUAGCAUCUGAA